AUGAAGAUGAUGGUGGAUGAAACAACCAAGAGGCAGAAGGUUGGCCAGUAUGUAACCGCCGCCCUCGAGGCUCUGGGGAAUAAGAAAGGGGUGUUCGAUGUCGAUGACGAACACCCCUCCCAAAAAAUCAGCCUCAAUGAAACAAUGAGCAAUUAA